CCUUGCUUGAAAAUCCUCAACAGCAAUAAGUGUCACAUACAUCCCCUUUUCAUCUCGAUCAGCAUCCAAAAUGGGCUUUGCACAGUCAACACCGCAGCUGCCCGUUCGGACCAUCUCACGCCGAGAGAGGCGCGUCCAACGCGACCCAACCCCUACGACUAGCUUCGACGAGAAGUUCGACGCUCUACGCAUUGAUCUUGCGGAACGGAAAGAGAUCGAGAGACUAAUCUUCGGAUCGGGGAAUUCCGAGCACGUUGAUGCCGCCGGUAUACAGCAAUAUGUAAAGGAGGUGCUCAAGGACUCCAAGAACAGGCUGGGCCUCAACGCUCUGUCUGCCAAUAAUCCGGCGGCGAUAUUGGAGAAGCCAUCGACUCUGAUCAGAGAUACCCAGUACUUCAAUCUGAAGAUCCCGCACGAGGGAUCUCCUGUCACCAACCAGAGAAGCAGCGGUCGUUGCUGGAUCUUCGCCGCCUGCAAUGUCUUCCGUAUCGCCAUUCAGCAGAAAUACAACAUCAAGAGCUUUGAGUUGUCACAAGCAUACCUGUUUUUCUGGGACAAGGUGGAGAAGGCGAACUACUACCUCGAAUCUAUCCUCGAUACCGUUGGCGAGGAACUGGACAGCAGGCUGGUUAGCGCGUUGAGCGCAAGCCCUGUGGGCGAUGGCGGACAAUGGGACAUGAUUGUCAACUUGGUCAGCAAGUAUGGCCUCGUUCCGCAGACACUCUAUCCCGAUUCUUGGAAUGCUCAGAACAGCUCCGCAAUGGACCGUAUUCUGACCACCAAGCUUCGAGAAGAUGGUCUUCGCCUAAGAGCCUUGAAGGACAAUGCAUCGUCCGAGAAGAUCGCUGCUGCGAAGGAGCAGAUGAUGCAAGACAUCGUCCGUAUCCUCACGUUGUGCUUGGGUCCUCCUCCUGCAGCAGACAAGAAGUUUACUUGGGACUUUUACGAUGGCAACAACACCUUCAAGACAGUUUCGUUAACCCCGAUCGAGUUUUCCGAGACCACGCAUGUCAAGAAAUUCGUGUCGCUGGUGAACGAUCCUCGCAACGAAUACAAUCGACUUUUGACCGUCGACCACCUCGGAAACGUAUGGGACGGCAGGCCAAUCACGUACGUGAACGUUGACACUGUGGUCAUGAAGGACGCUUGUGUCAAAAUGCUGAGGAAGGGUCUUCCAAUCUUCUUUGGUUCUGAUGUUGGCAAGCAAUCCGACUCCCGAGCUGGCAUCAUGGACACAGAUCUCGUCGACUAUGAACUCGGUUUCAACAUCAAGCUCGGAUUGACUAAAGCUGAGAGGCUGCUCACUGGUGAGAGUGCGAUGACCCACGCAAUGGUACUCACUGCGGUCCAUCUCGAUGAGGAUGACAAGCCCGUGCGUUGGCGCGUUGAGAAUAGCUGGUCAGAGACCGCUGGCACUGAUGGCUACUUCGUCAUGUCUGACAAAUGGAUGGACGAGUUCUGCUACCAGGCGGUGGUGGAUCCUAGCCUCCUAGAUAAGAGUGUGAGAGACAUCCUCAAGCAGGAACCCAAGGUCCUGCCACUUUGGGAUCCUAUGGGUGCGCUUGCUUAGCUGAAGCUCAUGACCUACGAUACCACGAACUGAAUCUUCUAAGCAAGUUAUAAGCUAUGGCAAAAGUCUCUCCGAUAUCACAGCUGGCAGUCAGCAGCGUUGCCUCCGUUGAUAUUCCUGAGCUAUGCAUGUGAGAUGCUCCGCACGUGGCAACUGCAUGGUUCUCCUCAGCCUACUAGCACGCCGCCCACGUGUUUACCAGAAUUGGGACUGCAUCACAAAUCCGGGAUCCUAUUUCGAGCUGUUGCUGACAACUUUACUUGCGUGCUGCUUGCCUAGGAAGCUAGCAAUCCUCAGGCCUUGGCUUGAUCCUAGUUUCUCGGCAUGCCGAUCUGAUUGGUAUAGACCCACCCUUACCGAGUGGGAGUGGCACCAACCAAGAAGACUUGGCUGAAAAGCGCAGCAACGCGCCUAUACUCUCGUCCAUAUCUGGCUCGGUACCGCGAGCUCCGCCAGCAUCUCGAAAGAGGAGAUCACUAUAAGUACUCUCAGGACUCGCGCGUUCUGUACAUUCUCUCCCACAUCAACACAACCAAGCAAAGCAACCAAAUCAAUAAUCAAUUUCC